AUGGCAGCUCAAAAAGUUCUUAUCCUCGCUUCGGCGUUCCUCGUUCAGACUGUUUACUCCGUCCCAGUUUACUCUGGCAACACGAUUAUAGAUAAUAUUAUUACUGGAAACUCUGGAGCAAACGGCAUCAACGUGGUUAACUCCGGAAUCAGUUCAUAUGGAGCUACUAAUACCGGAAUUGGCAGUGCCAGCCUGAUUAACGGGUAUGGAAACGGUUUCGGUUUGGUUGGCACUGGCAUUGGCAGUGGUGUUGGUGUGAAUUAUGGAGGUAUCGGCAGCGGCGUCGGUGUGAUUGGCGGAGGUAUUGGCAGUGGCGUCGGUGUGAUUGGCGGAGGUAUCGGCAGCGGCGUCGGUGUGAUUGGCGGUAAUGCUGGAUUAAAUGGCGUGGCAUUUAAUCUUGGAGGCCUCACUAUCGGUUCGAGCAGCCCUCUGAUUGUCACUAACAUCUCCCCCAUCGGCCCCAGUGGACUCGCUUUGGCGUCAGAGAACGUAAUCGACGGCACCUUGUUGGUGAGCGGCUCUCUGCCGUUCCUGAGCGCGGUAGCGUUUGAGGGUACGCUGCCAACUGCUGGUACUGGUAUCGCCACGUGCGGCUGCGGUAAUGGUGCCGUCGGUAUCACUAACGUUUGAUUGAUUAGAUAUGGCGGUACUUAAAAGCAUCUCCUUGCAUUAAACUGACAAAAUAGAAUUAUUUUCUUGGCAAAAUACGUUUGAAUUAUUUGCCCAAGUUCCAAAGCCCAACAAAACAUUCAUAAUCAAAAGAAAGCUGAAACUAAAAUAGACAAUUAGAAAAAAUGCGUUUAUGAAAACGCUCGUUAAAUUGUAAUAAUAUAUUCUUAAUGAAAAAUCCCAGGGUCUCUGAGUUG